AUGAUGUCUAAAAUACCAAGCCAGCAGGUGGACAUUGUCGGAAUCGACGCAAAUGCGAAGAUGGGACUCGACCAGCAAUCCGAUGUGCUAGGAAAAUGGUACCAUGCAGCGGAGUGCACGUCGGACAACGGUGACCGUCUGGUCGACUUAUGUGAACAGACGGGCCUCAUCAUCGCUUCCACGUUCAAGAAGAAUCAUCGAUGCCAUCAGCUCACGUGGCAGGGCUCAACCCUUUUAACGCCUGAAGAGCAGCGCAAGCGGAAGAUGAGGACUCUUAAACUUCAGCUCGACUACGUUCUGACGAGGAACAUUCCUCAGUCAGAUAUCCGAAAAUCUAGAGCUGUUUGGGACGUCGUGUUCGACUCUGACCACCGCCCAGUUCUUCUCAGCUUCAAGAAACGGUUCCACAAGAGAAACCGAGGAGUUCCUCUUUAA